AUGGCAUUUGAUUUGAUACCAGUGUUUAUAGCCUCGGCCUGUGUCUCGAUCAACAUCCGGGAACUCGCUACCCUGGCCGCUACAGCCAUCUUCCUACUCGCUGUUUCAUGUCCGGCUUCAUUAUGGAACGAGAGGUUAUCCCGCACCUAUGAAGAUGAGAAACAAGCUCCAAAUCUCAAACUGUCAAAAGCACAAGCUGUAAAAUCAUUUCAUGGGAAGCGUGUCGACUUCCUACGAGACGGCUUCAAACAGACAGGGUCAUGGGCGUUUCAAUUUGAAUUGCUCAAGAACCGUGUUGUCGCCGUUUCUGGAGAAGAAGGGAGACAGAUGCUCUUGCGAGAGCCAGGUCUUGAUCUUUAUGAAGGUUUCCAGAUUGUUCUAGAGUCUAUUCCUAAAGGCUAUGACCACCAUCAAGUCAAUUCAUUUUAUAAGCGCCUCCUAUAUCUCCAGAAAACCGAUAAUCUGAGCUCUAUGAUCCCCUACCUUUUGUCCGAUUGUCAGCGCAAGAUAGACACAUGGGGCAGUCAGGGUCUAUUGGAUCCCAACUCAGCCAUCUACGACAUUACAUUUGUUAUGGUUAUGCGGGUCCUAAAUUCGUUCGAUAUCACCGACGAUCUAGCCCUUCUGUCUCGCCUACAGGGUUGGUUCGAUGUCCUCGAUACCUCCACAGAGCCAGCAUCGGUCUAUUUUCCUUGGAUAUAUGGCCCUGCUUCAAUCCGAAGACUUUGGGCUGCAACAAAUCUCUAUCUAACCUUCAAAAGCUUUGUUCGCAAGAGAAUUAAUGGUGGGACUGCAAGACCAGAUGCGCUUCAGAAACUUAUAGACAGCAACCAGACUGAAGAAUAUAUGAUCAGGCUCUUCCUUUGGCAGGGGCUCGUUCCACAGGAACAAUCGGAAAAUGGCUCAUCAUGUUUCUGUCAUCUGACCCAAUCUGGGCUUCAGCUUGUUCGCCAAGAAGUCGAAGGCCUUUUAUCAACCUACAACAUCACUUUACCGGACAACCCGUGCCACGAAGAUCUCACCCAAGCACUAUCCCAAGUCCCCCUCACAGCCUGGGAAACCAAGCUGCCUUCUCUCGACCUGUGCAUCCGGGAGACCAUGCGGAUCGCCCAACCACACACAGCCCUUCGCAAAAACACAGGUCCAGACUUUUCUGCUGGAGAAUUCACUAUCCCCUCGGGGGCCUUUGUUGCGUAUUCAUUUUUGGAUACAACUUUGAAUCCUUCGCACUAUGCCGAUCCAACUCGCUGGGAUCCCUCUCGACUACUUCAGAAAGAUACACCAUCCAUAGGGUGGGGCAUGGGCAGUCAUCUUUGCAAAGGGCAAAGACUUGCUAUAUUGACGAUGAAGCUUUUGACUGCUUCUCUGCUUCUAAGGUUCGACUUGUCAAUGGUUGAUGAGCAACUUGAAAAGAUGGAGGCACCCCCUGUGCCGAAUUAUAACGACCAGCUUACCUGUCAGCCCAUGGAUAAAUGCAGCAUUAAAUUUACUGAUAGAGUAUCUUGA